CCUGACCCCGUCUUUUGUGUUUCUUUUCAAAACCCUUCUCGUCUUUCCAGUUCGCUCGGCCACGCACGGGCGGACAGACGCAGACCAACAUCGCCACCGCCAAACCCCGUCUUAGAAAACUGCUCGGAGAAGUCCGGAUGACGCAAAGGACCCGCUGCAUGACCGCACGAUCCGUCCGGUGCGAUCGAUACUGCUCGCUUAUUUAAGGAAAAGGAACGACCCCCGGCUUACAGAAAUCACCGAGAUUUGUCGGUGAUAUUUUUUAUGUGUUUUCCUCCCCUCCUGUUUCAAUAAUUAGCGACUUUGUUUUUUCGCGGAAGGAACGAGGGGAAAUCAGGUCGUGGAAUUCGACGUGUAGCCUCACCCGGAUGACAACCUUAGCUGCCAAGAUAGCAGGAGACUCCAAACAGAAGCCUUGCCCUCUUUUAACUUGGCGUGUCUCUUUCUCUCUCUUUGCCGUUUCUCUUCCAUGAGAACUCGCCUUCUCUCUCUUCUGCAUCACCUUCACAAAGUUUCGAACUUUCACCUUCAGCGAGAUAAACUUUCCAAGACCCUUCUUGUUUUUCCUGUUUAGAAGCCGUUUUCAUGGAGGCUGAAGGUGGUGGGGAGAGAAAAAGGGGCGUGGCGGCGGAGAGGGAGAGGCCCUACAAGGGAAUAAGGAUGAGGAAGUGGGGCAAGUGGGUGGCCGAGAUAAGAGAGCCCAACAAGAGGUCGAGGAUCUGGCUCGGCUCCUACUCGACCCCAGUCGCCGCGGCCAGGGCCUACGACACCGCGGUGUUCUACCUCCGGGGCCCGUCGGCGAGGUUGAAUUUCCCGGAGCUCGCGGCAGCGGCGGAGGAGGAGGAGGAGGAGGUGGGAGGAGGAGGCGACAUGACGGCGGCAACCAUAAGGAAGAAGGCGACGGAGGUCGGGGCACGGGUCGACGCCGCGCUGAUAAGCCGGGAGCUGAAGCCAGAGACGGCUAACGAUAAGGUGGGGGACGAUCAGUUCAAGAAGUGUGUUGGGGUUUUGGAGAAGGUUGAUCUGAACAAGAUGCCGGACGAUCCUGAGGACUCGUGAUGAUCACCGCGGGUGCGUGCAUGCACUCGGGUUCAGGUCAGCCUUCUGCAUGCGGCUGUGAAGGAGUUUAGAUGCUACUUGCUAGUAAUUCAGAUGAGUUAGAUUAGUCCAUAGCACCUCUAAUUAAAUCUUAUUAGCCCUUCUUAGUUAAACUUUUGGGAUCUGAUCAUCAAAGAAUUUUGAUGGUGUAAGCGGAAAAAAGAAGAAGGCGAAAUGUAAAUUAGUCAGCUGGGGUUUGAUGCAGGGCCAUCUUCUUCCUCCUAUGCUUGUCGUCUCUUUCUUCAUUGGUCAUGAUUUUGUCUGGAGUAAUAUAGUCUCUAGAGGGAGAGUAGAGAGAGAGAGAAGAAUGGCCUACCAAGGAGCAGUUGGAAGCAAAGUGGGCAUGCCUUGAACUGCUAAAAGCAGAAAGGGAUGUGAGAAGACCUUUUGCAACUGCUGCUAAUGAUGAGUUGUGGGCACAGGUUGGAGUAUGGGGUUGAGUUCCUGCUGCAAACCCCAGAUUUUGUCUGUCUUCUUUUUGUUUCUUGACCUAUAUUUGCAAGGAGAUGUUGUGCCAAAUUUGAA